AAAUUUUCAACAGCAUAACUCAUUGUAUUUGCCUCCCAUCCCAUCAAAAGAUAAAGCUAAUAAAGAUUCAAGAAGCCAAGCAUAUAUAUGAAGCACGAAACACACACAGAGCAACUGAAUAAGAAAAAAAUACUCAAAAUGUAUAGAUUCAGCAACACGGUUAUAGGGCUUCUGAACCUUUUCACCCUCUUGGCCUCGAUACCGAUAAUUGGCGCAGGAUUAUGGAUGGCAAGGAGCAGCACCACCUGUGAAAGUUUCCUCCAAACACCACUUUUAGUUGUGGGCUUCAUAAUUCUUAUAAUAUCACUUACUGGUUUCAUUGGGGCUUGUUUUCAUGUUGCCUGGGCACUUUGGGUGUACUUGUUGGUCAUGAUAUUUCUUAUAGGGGCUUUAAUGUCUUUGACUAUUUUUGGAUUCGUCGUUACAACCCAAGGUGGGGGAGUGGAAGUGCCGGGUAGGAUGUACAAGGAGUAUCGUCUUGAUAGCUACUCUCCAUGGUUGAGGAAAAGGAUUGAGGACCCUCAUUAUUGGAUGACUGUUAAAACUUGUAUUUUGGGUUCAAAGACUUGUGCCAAGGUUGUUUUUUGGACACCUGUUGAUUAUUUGACAAAAGACAUGUCUCCUAUUCAGUCAGGUUGCUGCAAACCGCCGAGUUCGUGCAAUUACAUGGGCACGACACUGGUGCAGAACCCUGACUGCUAUCUGUGGAGAAACGACCCAAACGGGCUGUGCUACGACUGCGACUCGUGCAAAGCCGGAGUGCUGGAAGAGGUAAGAAGGGAUUGGCACAAACUUUCAGCCCUCAACGUUGUUAUGCUUGUCUUCUUAAUUGGCAUAUAUUCCAUUGGAUGCUGUGCCUUUCGGAACACAAAGAGGGCCGAAACGGGCUACCCCUAUGGCAAAAAUCGGAUCAUCAAAGUCCACCCCAGAUGGGAUUUUCACUGGUGGAGAAGGUGGCAUGACUGGAGACACCAGAUUUAUUAGCAUAGAAAUGUUCCUUCUUUCAAGUGUUUUGGGAUGUAAACUAUGGAACAAAUAAUGGAAUCCUCUUUUUAUGCAUAUGGAUGUUUUUCUAUCUU